AUGAGUGAUGGAACCAUGGAAGCCACAAGAAGGGGUCGUGCACGUCAAAGGUCUCUCCACCCUCUUGACCUUGAAUUGGAGAGGACAUUAAGGAGAUUAAGGCGCGUUCGAACUCUCUCAUCAAGUCACAACCGGUUUGAAUCCUUGAGUGUAGGUGUGGAACAAGAAGAGAGUGAGCAAGCCUUUGUAACCAUGGCUCUCCCGGUUAAGAAUUUAGGUAUACCGGGAGCAUUUGAAGCAACAUGCGGUAUCCAAGCUCCCACAACUAAUGUAAAUAACUUCGAAAUCAAACCCUCUUUGAUUAACUUGGUUCAAAGCCAUCCUUUUUGUGGGAAGAGCAACGAGUCACCACAUGAGCACCUAAAGCAAUUCGAACAUUAUUGUGAUACAAUCAAACACUAUGGUGUGACUUCGGACUAUGUGCGGUUGACUCUAUUCCGUUUUUCUCUUCUAGGGCGAGCUAGUGAUUGGCUUGACAAGGAGGUCAAGCCAAACUCACUUCGAACUUGGAACAAGGUGACUAAAGCGUUUUUUAGCAAGUUUUACUCUCAUGGAAAGACGGCAGAAUAUCGCCACAAAAUUCAAUCCUUUGAGCAAAAGCGGGAUGAAUCGCUUUUUGAAGCUUGGGACAGAUUCAAAGAAUACCAAAGGGAAUGCCCUCACCCUGGGAUCCCUAAGUGGUUGCUACUCCAAACCUUCUAUUUGGGGUUGAGCCCGACCUCCAAGACGAGUCUAGAUGCGAGGGCGGGUGGUCCCAUCAUGAACAAGACCGAAGAUCAAACUGAGGAGAUAAUUGAGGAUGUGGUCCAAAAUUAUCAAGCUGGGCAUGUUGGUGCAAGGGACUAUGAUGGAAAGGAUAGGAAUGGUGAUGGUAAAGGGUCGGUAUAUGCUAUGGAGCAAGCUAGGAUCAUUGAAAAGCUUAGCUCGAGAUUGGAAAAGCUAGAGAGCACACCAAGUCAACCACCAUCACCAUCAACAAUUCCACCGCCUUCGGCUAUUCUUCUCACCAAGGGGAAGAGCAAGGUGAGUUCCUAUGACACUAUGCUUCCGGGCACUUCUUUUUGCGAUAAUUGUCAAGAUUAUGGUCAUUUGCCCAAUGUGUGUCCUUUGGUGCAUAAUGUGUCUUAUGUUGAUUAUGGCCCUUCUUGUGAAGGUGAUUUUGAUAUGGAAUAUGCCCAUGCCUUGAAUGAGAGGUCUAGAAAUGAUAACCCCAAUAAUCAAAACUUUGCUAGGCAAGCACCUAGAGGGCCUCCUAUGUAUGGAUCCUACCAAGGCUAUGGCCAAGGAUGUGGGUAUGAUAGUCAAGGCCGAGGUGGCUAUAGAGCGCAAGGCUAUCAAGGCCAAGCAACCUAUGGUCAAUCUCAUGGUCUUGGCAAUCAAGCCCAAUACAAUCAAGCACAACUUGCUAGCACCAUCAAAGAACAAGAAGUGCAUACAAGUCUCCCACCCCAAGGUCAACCUCCUAAGCAAAUGUAUGCAAUCAUGACAAGGAGUGGGAAGACUUUAGAUGAUGGUGCUAAGCUUGUUGAUGCUCCUUGCUCUAGGGGUGAGAAUUCUAAGGGAAAUGAGUCUCCGGACCGUGAUGUGGAGGAAGAGAAGUCUUAUGUCGAUGACGUGAGUGAUGGUGAUAAGUCGAAGGAGACUACUCUUCCUCCUCUCCCAAUUCCUCCUCCCCCAUACCCUCAAAGAUUCGCUAGAAAAAAGCUAGAUGAUCAAUUUCACAAGUUUUGGGAAACCAUUAGCAAGAUAUAUGUGUCAUUGUCUCUCACCGAGGCACUCAAACUAAUGCCUCACUAUUCUAGAUUCAUGAGAGAUGUUCUUAGUGGAAAGAGAAGUUGUGAACCGAAAGAGACCGUGGAACUCACGGAGAGUUGUAGCGCUCUAACACUCCUUUCCCCCAAAACUCAAUGA